GUUUUUUUUUCCGAGAGAGGGCCUAGUAGGGCAUGUAAUUGCAGUAAUAAAUUAACCAAAGUCCCAGCCAAUUAUUGUAAUCCCCUCCCAGUGGCCCAUUAUACCCAUAGGCCAUACCCAUGACCCAAGACCUUAGGCCCAGUCCACUGAUUUAGAUGAUUCGCCCAAAAUCUGAGAAGCUGCCACGGUGAAGGACGAGGACCUCACAUUUCCGUCCUCAGCCACUCAACCCUGAAGAGUGACGAUGGCAAAUGAGCAAGCAUGCUCCAAUCGAUGAAGCUGGAAGCUUUCGAUACUCUUCUAGCUACUCAAGGCCCUUAAGUGUUGCACCCGAAGUGGUCAUCAUCGGAGGUUUUCUUGCAUAGGUAUUUUCUCUUUUUUUCUCAAAUGUUAUCACAUCUUCCUGCUUCUAUUGAACUGCUACCCUCAGAGUGGAAUCUACGCAUCACCUGUGCUUGCCAUUUUGCUGGAAUGAAAUCCUCCUAAUUUUGGUCCAAGAGUUUACUGUUCAUAGAACACCUGAAAAAUUCAUGUGAAGUAGCAGAGAUAUCUGAAGACUCUUUAACCUCUAUAUCGAAUCAGUACCAUAGAAAAUGAGAAGUUUCUCCUCUAUCCACUGCGCUAAGCCCUCAUUUUUACCAAGAAGGUUUCCAUCUUUCACAAGGGAACUUGUCCAUACUAAAGCACUUGAUGGUGGUGUAUCCAUUCUUGCCUUGAAGUUGCUUGACAGUCUGAAGAAGCAAGCAAGGACUUAUCUUUGUCUUCCUCAACGAGUCUUUAUUGGCCGAGCAAAGUCUGCCGAAUCCAGUGCAGAUGGAUCUAUUAGUUUUCGAACAGUUCCCUCAGCUCUGCUGAUUGCAGAAAAAGAAGAGGCUAAAGCUGUCUUGACCUUGUUCUUGAAAAAGCAAGGUUUGAGCAAUGCAAUUGCAACAAGGAUAACCAACAAGUCAGACCUCUUCAUCGACCACCUUGUGUCAAGGCUCCAUGCUGUCCAUAAGUCCCGAUAUCUAGUAGGAAGAGAGCUUACCACCCUUGAGAUCAGGGAUGCUCUUAUCCCAUACCUUGAAUCCUUCCUUGAAGAACAUGGAGAUUUUCUGGUUACUAUGGUUGAAAACUUUCCAGACCCACCUGGGAAAGAAAGGCCUAUCAGUGCUGCUUCUCCAAGCAAUUCAACUAUCGAUUCCGUGAAAUUAAAGGCUAUGGCACAAGUGAGUGACAUAAGCCCUGGGGGGCAGCUUCCUCCAAGAGUAAUCUACCUCUUGGAUCUUGGGUUGGAAAUGGAACAGAUCAAGGGAAUGACCCGCAGGUUCCCAGCUUUUGUUCACUACAGCUUAGAGGGGAAAAUCAAGCCACUGGUUGAGUUUCUGCUCAACUUUGGUAUACCCAAAUCGGCCAUCCCCACCAUCCUUAAUAAAAGGCCUCAGUUGUGUGGUAUGAGCAUCUCUGAAAACCUUAUACCUACAAUGACCUACUUGGAGAAUUUGGGAGUGGACAAAAGCCAGUGGGCAAAGAUAAUACAACGCUUCCCUGCGCUCCUCACUUAUAGCAGGCAGAAGUUGAAGGCAAGCAUAGAUUUCUUCAAGGAGUUGGGCCUUUCUGGAGAAAGCAUAGGGAAGAUUCUCACACGCUGCCCACACAUCAUAAGUUACAGUGUUGAAGAAAAUCUACGGCCAACAGCUGAGUACUUCCAGUCAAUGGGUGUCGAUGUUGCUGUUCUACUGCACCGCUCACCACAGACAUUUGGUUUAAGCAUUGAGGCCAAUUUGAAGCCCGUGACAGAGUUUUUCUUGGAGAGGGGAUACAGCAUGGGGGAUGUCAGAACCAUGGUCUCGAGAUAUGGAGCUCUGUAUACUUUCAGCCUUAAAGGGAAUUUGAUACCAAAAUGGGAUUUCUUCAUAACCAUGUAUUAUCCACGGUCAGAGCUUCUUAAAUUCCCUCAGUAUUUUGGCUACAGUUUGGAGGAGAGGAUUAAACCAAGGUAUGCUCUUGCGCAAGAACAUGGAGUAAUUUUGUUGUUGAACCAACUUCUCUCUCUUUCAGAUUCUCAAUUUGAAGAAGCCUUGAAGAAGAAAAUGAAGAAAAGGCUUGAUGGCCAGGUUCCUGAUAGUGCAACAGAUGGUGAUCAUCUUGAUUCACAGAUGGGAGGACUUAAAAUAUAGUGUGUAGAUCUGAACAACUGUAUGUGAUACCCUUCUAGUUAGUAAUAUUUCUCUAAUUGUAUCCCUUUUUUUUUCUUCCUUUGGGGGAAGGGGUGAAUGUAAUUCGUGGGUCAAAUUGGAUGUAAUUCUUUUGAUUCACAGAGUGUCCUUACAUCAAAUUGGAUAUUUUGUUUCAAUUCAUUCUCCCAGGCAGUCCCAUGUAAA